AUGGAUCCAGCAGUCCAGCGAUUGCUCACUGACAAGCUCUAUGACAAGAGAAAGCAAGGGGCUCUUGAGCUUGAGCGGUUUAUCAGAGAAGCCAGUGCGGCCAAAGAACACGACAAGAUCCGGAAGACGAUUGAACAACUCUGCCACGACUAUGCCUACGCCGUCCACCUGCCACACGCCCGCAAUGGUGGACUCAUCGGUCUAGCAGCUGCAGCCAUCGCCUUGGGAUCUGACGAGGUAGCACGCUAUCUGGCCGAAAUAGUACCUCCAGUCCUGGCCUGCUUCACCGAUCAAGAUGCCCGCGUGCGCUAUUACGCCUGCGAGGCAAUGUACAACAUCGCCAAAGUCGCAAAGGGAGAGAUUUUGGUCUUCUUCAAUGACAUCUUCGACGCACUAUGCAAGCUCGCUGCCGACUCAGAACUGUCGGUGAAGAACGGCGCUGAGCUCUUAGACCGCCUGAUCAAGGACAUUGUCUCAGAGUCCGCGGCCUCUUAUGUUUCUGUGUUGAAUUUCAACGAGGAGGGCGAACCAGUCGAACCUGACAAGGACAGCACCGAUCUUCCCACCACGUUCUCCCUUGCAAGAUUCAUCCCGCUUCUCGAAGAGCGCAUCCACGUCCUCAACCCCUUCACUCGAACCUUUUUGGUUUCCUGGCUUACACUUCUCGAUACCAUUCCGGACUUGGAACUUGUGCACUAUUUACCGGCAUUUCUCGGCGGCCUUUUCAAAUUCCUCGGCGACCCGAACCGCGACGUCUAUGUGGCGACACAAGGAUUGCUCGAACGCUUUCUCAGCGAGAUUAAGAAGAUCGCGAAGGUCAAGAAGGGUAUCGCAGAAAGUCGCAGGAGUCGCGCGGGCAAACAAAGGCCGGCCUCGGUUGCAGACAGUACCACUGCAGGUGGUAGUCAAUCCAACGAGAAUGCCAUCGAGGACUCGGAAUCGGGCACAGCUCUAGAAGAACCCAAUGAACCGGGAGAGAGCGAUGGUGACUGGAUACCAGGCCAGGAUGCCCAAGUGGACCACGCACAAAUCCUCGACAUCUUGCUCAAAUUUGUAGACGUUUCGAACAGCAAGGAAUCGGCACCGAAUUUACGUCUGGAAGGCCUAUCAAGACAGAAAGAAGAAGAGAUUGGGAUAGUUGCCCUGCGAUGGAUUGACAGCUUUUUCGAGAUCAGUCCUGAAGAGAUUCUUCAGUUCGUGCCUCGUCUGCUGUCACGGGUUUUGCCGGCCCUGUCUGCACAAUCAGAGCAAGUCCGGACGACGGCCAGCAAGGUCAAUAGGUCGCUGAUGGAUUAUAUCGUCACCUUUCAGGAUCAGGACGAUGUUCCUCGGGACGAUCAGAGCGCCUCAGCACCCAGCGAUCUCACCAGAGCAACCACUCGAGAUGGAGAGGGCUCUGACAAGAGGCACUCAGGCGGGACCACCAAAAGUCCACCUUCUCAGGCAGAAGGUAAAAGCGAGAUUUCUCUGGAGUCGUCUGCUGAGCAAGAACCGUCCCCCCCAGAGGUUACUCCGAGGUCCACGGCGGCACCGUCGCCGCAACCCAUGGCUGAUCUAGAUUACGCUGCCGCAGUCAAUGCUUUGACACUUCAAUUCCUGAAUGAACACGAGGAGACACGAGAGGCCGCCUUGACAUGGUUGAUUAUGCUGCACCGGAAGGCUCCCAAAAAGGUCCUUGCUUUCAAUGACGGGACAUUCCCAGCUUUGCUCAAAACGCUCUCUGACCCUGCUGAAGCCGUUGUCACUCGAGAUCUUCAGCUCCUCUCCCAGAUUUCCAAGCACAGUGAGGACGGCUACUUCACUUCCUUUAUGGUGGCUCUGCUUCAGCUAUUCGCGACGGACCGUAAAUUGCUGGAGAUCCGAGGCAACCUGAUUAUUCGUCAGCUAUGCAUCAAUCUACAGCCCGAGCGGAUAUACAGAACGCUAGCGGAUUGCAUUGAAAAAGACGAAGACAUUGAGUUUGCGAGCAUAAUGGUUCAAAAUCUCAAUAACAACCUGAUUACUGCACCUGAAUUGGCCGAGCUACGAAAACGACUCCGGAACCCAGACAGCAGAGAAGGACAGAUGUUCUUCGUGGCUCUCUUCCGCGCCUGGUGCCACAAUGCUGUCGCCACGUUCUCCUUGUGUCUUCUGGCACAGGCAUACGAACAGGCGUACAAUCUGUUGCAGAUAUUCGCGGAUCUGGAAAUGACCGUCAACAUGCUCAUACAAAUCGACAAGUUGGUGCAGCUCCUCGAAAGUCCUGUCUUCACAUACCUGCGCUUACAACUCCUUGAACCCGACCGGUAUCCCUACCUCUACAAGUGUCUCUACGGCCUGCUCAUGCUACUCCCCCAAUCUUCUGCCUUUGGGGCGCUGAAGAACCGUCUGAACAGCGUGUCAGCCAUCGGCCUGUUACAUACUCCACCUUCAGCGCCGACCCCGAGACCGUCGGUGGUCGGCGGCAUGUCUGCUUCGUCCCUGCCUGCAACAACCACUGGUGCCCUGAACAGCACAGUGACCUCACGGCUCCGAACCCGCGAUGCUGCUUCGGCCACAGCGAACGACCUGAAGUGGCCGGAACUUCUCGAAAAAUUCAAACAGACUCAAGAGCGCGCAAGACGAAGAAAUGAGAGGCUCCUCCGUGGAGACGUUGAUCCCGAGACGCCUGCCUCGGCAGCUGUAGACAAUGGAGGGCGAACUAGUCGUGCCAGCCUUCGUUCUGCCGGAGCCGGAGAAGGAGAAGUUUUGCGUGCAGGGAAUAGAUUGCAAAGUGGCCUUGGAAGGUCCCUGGCGCCCGGCACGGGAUCAAGUCUCAUCAAGGCCGGCAGUGGCAUGACCGUGGGCGGAUCCGGUGGAACAGGUGGUGCUGGCCCGCUUGCAAAGACGGUCGCGGGCACAGAGGAUAGAUCUGGUCCGCACAAGAGGGGCCAUAGCCUUGCGGGCUUUGGCAAGUUUGCGAGUGGGAUUGCCAGGGCUGGAGGGGGUCGGGAUCGGGACAACAAGAAGAAGUAG